CCGCCGCUCGGGGCAGGGGGUCCCGGUGCGGCCUCGCCUCCUGCGGGUGGGAAGCGGGGGCCGUGAAGAUGGAGGAGGAGGAGCUGAGCGAGGAGGAGCACCUCCGUCAGGAGGAGGAGGAGGAGGAGGAGGAGGAGGAGGAGGCGCUGUCGGAGCAGGAGGAGGAAGAGCAGGCGCUGGCCCACUGCCCCCUGACCGAGGAGAUGCUGAAGGAGGGCCUCUCCCUCCUCUGCAAAACCGGCAACGGCCUGGCGCACGCCUACGUCAAGUUUGAAGCCAAGUACAAGGACUUGACAGACAUCAGCCUCCUUGAAUGCUUCAUUCACCUGCGGUAUGUGGAUUUGUCAGAGAACAAGCUGCAAGAUUUGUCUCCACUGAGCAGCCUAACCCACCUGCUUUGGCUGAAGGUGGAUGGGAAUCUGCUUACCAGUGCCCGCAUGCAGGAACUGCCUUACCUCCAGAUCAUCAGCUUUGCUCACAACCACAUCAAGGAUAUGGAAGGCAUUACUCACCCCUGCUUAGCCAACCUCAGCCUUAAAGGAAAUAAAAUCCGGACAGCGCUGGGCCUGAGUCAAGCGCUGUUCAGCCUGCAUAACCUGGAGCUGCGAGGAAACAAGCUAGAGAGCACAGCAGGGUUCAGUCUUCCCAAGCUCAAGAACCUCUAUCUGGCUCAGAACACUAUCAGGAGCCUUGAGGGCCUUGAGGCGCUGGAGCAGCUGACAACUCUGCACCUGCGUGACAACCAGCUUGAAACCCUGGAUGGAUUCUGUAGCAGCAUGAAGUGCCUGCAGUACCUCAAUCUACGGAACAAUGGGAUCAGCACCUUCCAGGAAGUGGCAAAACUGCAGGUACUCCCCAUGCUGCAGGCGCUGGUGCUGUUGGACAAUCCAUGCUCUGAUGAACCCAAUUACCGGCUGGAGGUCCUGGUCCUGCUGCCACGCCUGGAACGCCUCGACAAGGAAUCAUUUGAGCAAGAUGAGCGUGCAGAGGCAAAUGAAAUCCGUCAGAAAAGGCAGGAAGAGGAAAAGAAACGGAGGGAUCUCUCCGGGUGAUAUGACUGAGUGACCCCGGGUUUUAAUACCUGUUUCCUGUGAAGAUUUGGAGAUGCCUUCCCCCGUGUGUGGCUGGCAAAGCAAGAGCUGCAGGCGUCAGAGCUACCUUCGCCUCAUUUUGCCCCUGGCGAAGGGAGGAGGGUUACCCACCCUGGUCCUGGGUGCUGCCCUAAGUUACUGCAGUGUUUCUGCAGUCACUGCAUGCAUAUAUGCUAAGCAGGCCCAAGAGGGAAAAGGGGAAAGGGGAGAGUUACAAGUUGUGUGGUUUGAUUUAUGGCUCCAAAAAUCCUACAAGACUUUCUGAUUUG